AUGCUGGCGUCUACGAUCGCGCUGGCCCUGGCGGCAUGCGUGGAACAGGCUCUGGCCAUGCAGCCAGUGCCUGAGAAACCGACGACCUUCGGCCCACAGGUGGAAGAAUGGUUCUCGGAGCCAUUUUACCCGUCACCGUGGAUGAAUCCGCGCGCGAAGGGCUGGGAAGAAGCUUAUCAGAAGGCCCACGACUUUGUAUCGCAGUUGAACUUGCUGGAAAAGGUCAACCUGACCACUGGUGUAGGGUGGAUGAACGGUCCUUGUGUUGGAAACACCGGCUCAAUUCCUCGUCUGGGAUUCAAGGGGUUCUGCACUCAGGACUCGCCGCAGGGCGUUCGCUUUGCCGACUAUGCGUCGGCGUUUACAUCGAGCCAGAUGGCCGCUGCCACAUUCGAUCGCUCAAUCCUCUACCAGCGCGGCCAGGCUAUGGCCCGUGAACACAAGGGCAAGGGAGUUACAGUGCAACUUGGUCCAGUCUCUGGUCCCCUGGGUCGAACUCCAGAGGGCGGGCGCAAUUGGGAGGGUUUCUCGCCAGAUCCCGUGUUGAGCGGCAUUGCUAUGGCCGAGACGAUUAAAGGGAUUCAGGAUACCGGUGUGAUUGCAUCAGCCAAACAUUAUAUCGGCAAUGAGCAGGAGCAUUUCCGACAGGUGGGCGAGUCAGCAGGACACGGGUACAUCAUCUCAGAUGCGCUGUCAUCCAACAUUGACGACCGGACCUUCCACGAGCUGUACCUGUGGCCCUUUGCAGACGCGGUACGCGCGGGCGUGGGCUCUGUUCUUUGCUCCUACACUCAAAUCAACAACUCAUAUGGGUGCCAGAACAGCCAGACGCUGAACAAGCACCUCAAAAGCGAGCUGGGAUUCCAGGGAUUCGUGGUGAGCGACUGGCAAGCCCAUCACUCGGGCGUCUCCUCUGCACUGGCCGGUCUGGAUAUGUCUAUGCCAGGCGAUACAGUCUUCGAUACUGGGCUGAGUUUCUGGGGCUCAAAUCUCACGAUCGCCGUUUUGAACGGCACGGUCCCAGAGUGGCGUCUCGAUGAUAUGGCAAUGCGGAUCAUGGCCGCGUACUUCAAGGUCGGCAAUACGAUCGAGAAUCAGCCAGAUGUGAAUUUCAACUCAUGGACAUAUGACACCAACGGUUUCAAAUAUGUUUAUAGUAAAGAGGAGUACGGACAAGUGAACUGGCAUGUCAAUGUCCAGGGCAACCACUCGAAGCACAUCCGCGAGACUGCUGCGAAGGGCACAGUGCUGCUCAAGAAUAACUUCAAUGCCCUGCCACUCAAGGAUCCCAAGUUUGUGGCGGUGGUUGGUGAAGAUGCUGGCCCUAACCGCAAGGGUCCCAACGGUUGCGGUGAUCGAGGAUGCGAUGAAGGUACGCUGGCGAUGGGAUGGGGAUCUGGUUCCACCCAAUUCCCCUAUCUUGUCACCCCAGAUUCUGCCAUCCAGUCUCGUGUUUUGGAGUACGGUGGUCGUUAUGAAAGUGUUCUGGACAACUGGGACUCGGACGCUAUCUCGGCGCUGGUCUCACAGCCCGAUGCUACCUGCCUUGUCUUUGGCAACGCAGACUCGGGCGAGGCAUUCAUCACGGUUGACGAUAACUGGGGCGACCGGAAUAACAUCACUCUGUGGCAGAACGCCGACGAGGUCAUCAGAAGUGUCAGUUCUAUCUGCAGCAAUACCAUCGUCGUCUUGCACACAGUUGGUCCAGUUCUGCUGGAUGAGAUGUACGAGCACCCGAACAUCACGGCCAUUGUCUGGGCCGGAAUGCCAGGUCAGGAAUCUGGCAAUGCACUCGUGGAUAUUCUCUGGGGUGAGGUCAAUCCUGCCGGUCGAUCACCGUUUACCUGGGCCAAGGAGAGGAAUGACUACGGGACGGACAUCCUCUCCGAGCUCAACAACGGCCACCGAGCACCGCAGCAGGAAUUUACCGAAGGCGUGUACGUCGACUACCGACACUUCGACAAAGCUGAGAUCACGCCCAUCUACGAGUUUGGAUAUGGCUUGUCCUAUACUACCUUUUCGUACUCCGAUCUGCGAGUUGUGAAGAAGCAUGUUCACUCCUACCAGCCCACCGUCGGCACAACAACUCGCGCACUUUCCUUCAAGCCUCCAAGCAAAGAUCUCUCCACAUACCAGUUUCCCAGCGCCUGGAAGUACAUUCGCACCUUCAUUUACCCGUACCUGAACGACACAACUUCCCUCCGCGUCGCCUCCAAGGACCCCGAAUACGGCCGGGUUGAUUUCAUUCCGCCGCAUGCUCUGGACAGCGCACCGCAACCGCUCAAUCUGGCGGGAGACCGCACCGCCAUGGGCGGCAAUGAAAUGCUCUACGACGUGCUGUACGAGAUCACCGCGAAGAUUACCAACACGGGCGACGUAGCAGGUGAUGAGGUGCCCCAGCUGUACGUCGAUCUCGGAGGUGACAAUCCGCCACGCCAGCUGCGAGACUUCGCUCGGCUCACGCUGAAGCCGGGACAGAGCGCGAUUUUCAAAGGCACCCUGACGCGUCGCGACUUGAGCAACUGGGAUACGACAGUGCAAAACUGGGUUGUCUCGGAUUCAGAGAAGAAGGUUUACGUGGGUAGUUCGAGCCGAAGGUUACCUCUCACCGCUACGCUGGAGUAA